GCUUGCGGCAUGCAGUUGAAUCAAUUAAAAGCUUCGUGAAUGCAAAUAUGCAAUUGAUCUCUUAAACUUAAUACUGAGUAUACUGCUGACUGCUGAGCAGCGCCUAUAUAUUUCUGCCAACAUAUUACAUAUUUCGCAACCCAUUCACUCCUUUGAAUAUACAUAUAGAUCUCAGUUCACCAGGAUACAUGAGUGAAAAGUUUAUAGAACCCAUCAUCACCAGGAACAUUAGUGCUGGUGAUCACGAGGGUACCACCAUGGAGGACGAGCCGUUAAGCCCAUCUGCCCGAUUGUUUCAGUCACCGCAACUCAACCUUUCAGUCCUAAUUGUGUUGGGAUCCAAAACGCUGAUCGAUGCUAACACUGUGAAAUAUGGGCUUAUGAAUUCUUCUGCACAGCAUCCUCGUUUCUCCAGUUUGCUUGUGACUGAUGAUGAGAAUGGUGGCCGAAUGAGUUGGAGAAGAACAGAAGUAGACAUACAUGAGCAUGUGUUUACUCCGGAUCUGAAUCCUAAUAUGGAGUUGGCUGAUGACUUUGUUGAAGAAUACAUAUCAGAUCUCACUUCCACGAGAUUCGAUUAUGCAAAGCCGUUAUGGGAGCUUCAUAUUUUGAACGUCAAGACGUCGGAUGCUAAUGCAACUGCAGUACUUAAGCUUCAUCAUUCUAUCGGGGAUGGAAUUUCUAUCAUGUCUCUUUUUCUGGCUAGUACCAGAAAAGCUUCUGACCUCGAAUCAAUGCCUAGUGUUCCGAAGACCAGAAGGCAAACAAGCUUGUUGAAUAAUAACUGUAAUGGUUUUUGGGGGAUUUUAUGCACAAUUUGGACCCUGAUCAUGAUGCUUUUCAACACUUUUGUGGAUGCCGUGAACUUUGCUGCGACUGCUUUCUUCCUGAAAGACACAGACAAUCCGAUCAAAUUACGUACUCCAGAGGAUGCCAGAUUCACGCGUCGUAAGAGAAUUCUGCACAGAAUUGUUAGUUUAGAUGAUAUAAAGCUAGUGAAAUCUGCAAUGAACGCGACAAUCAAUGAUGUUCUACUGGGAAUAACAAUGGCUAGCAUAUCUCGUUAUCUCAAUGAAAAAUACGCAUCAAGAAGUGAUGGAUAUAAGCAACAACACAAGGCAAGCAAAGAAGAGAACAAUCUGCCUGCGAAGAUUCGUUUGAGAUCAACUUUAAUGUAUAAUCUUAGACGACAGUCCACAGUGAUUGAGUCCUUGGCUGAGAUGAAGGAACGGACGUCAGAAGUGAAGUGGGGUAACAAAUUAGCUUCAAUUCUACUUCCAGUGACCAUUGCUUUGCAAGAUGAUCCUUUAGAUUAUGUUCGCAAGGCCAAGGCCAGUGUUGAUCGAAAGAAGCUUUCGUUUGAAGCUAUGUGCUCUAUUUUUAUGAGUCGAUUUGUACUUAAGUACUUGGGGUUUGAGCAAUAUGCUGCAAUGAUGCACAAAAUUAUAUCCAACACAACCAUGGCCUUCUCAAAUGUGGUUGGUCCGAGAGAAGAGAUUAGUUUCUACGGCCAUCACGUGUCUUUCAUUGCUCCUAGUGUUUUCGGACAUCCACAAGCACUGACAGUACAUUGCCAGAGCUAUGCAGAUAAAAUGAUACUUGUGUUAACCGUUGAUCCAGAUGUGAUACCGGAUUACAGAACACUUUCGGCCGAGUUUGAGGCAUCACUUGAACUCAUUAAGAAUGCUGUGAUAGAAAGAGGACUGGCCGUCCGGGUGAAAAAAGAGGACUAAGCAUCAAAGUAUACUUAAGGCUUACUAUAUCUACAUGUUGAAUUUAUUCAAAAUAACUCAAGUGUGAUGAUGAUGUAUUAAUAAUGUGGACUCAGCCGAUGUGUAGGUCUGAGGAAAGAAUCAUUUAAGUUUUAUAGUUAAUUAUUUGUAAAAUAAAACUGUUCUCUAUAUAAUUUUUAUUUGUCUUUUACAAUAAACAUCCUAACAA